AAGGGACGGGGGGGGGGGGAGGCUAAAGAACAAAACAAUGACACUGCUCGGAAGGAUUCAAGCACAGUAAGACUUUAAAGGACUUGUAAAAACGUAAUUGCGCGGAUUUCCCUCCCAGUUUAAAGUCAAACCUUCUUGGGUUAUCAGCGGUCCUAUCACCGGCUAUUUUUUUUUUGUACACAUUCCUCUUCAGUUCAGUUGACAAACAGCAGGCUAGCUGUUUGUUUAGACGGAUGUGGAGCGUUGGCGUUUGCUGCUUCUCUCUGGAGGAAAAGUUCACAAAUAUACCGCAAAUCAACCUAGCUGUAAGCCGAGUUAAGGCUAAAUCCUAAAAAAUUAACUUUAUACGUUAGCUUCCUGGGCUCAGUUUGCUUUGCUAGCUAGCCUGUUAGCAUCAUCAUUUACACAUUUAUUUAUGUCAAGUAAAGCUGCCGUUAUUCGUUUGGUACUGUUUGUUCCCUAAUAUUUAUAUGAUAUUUAAAUAUUGUAUCACUGUUUUUGUUGAGUCAGAAAAAACAAUCUAAAUCGUUCACAAAUAUAUUUGAGGGUGUUUAAAAAAAGACACAACCUAAACGUCAACUUUGUUACACUAGCAAGCCAUCUGUUAGUGUUUAGCAUAUCUGUUAGCAUUACUUUUAGCUGCACAAAUAACAUUAUUUAAAACUGCGAAAUCUUACUUAACAGUUUUUAUCACUUGUUAAAAGAAGCGCAGCUACACCUGCCACCAUGCAACUGUCUUAAGUUUAUUUAUUAAUAUCACAUCAUUUCAGUUCAUUAUUACUUCGUGUGCAUUUCACUUUAACUGUUUGUGGGACUAGCUGGUGCUUCUGUCAAAGCUGUUCCAAUAAGUAAUAAUCCGAAUUUAAGAUCAUCUUCUAAUAAACAAUGAGUGGGCAUGGCUCAUCAUCUGAAAAGGGAGUCAAUUCAAGUUUAACAUGUCAAGAGAAUUAUUCCUGCGGUGGCUCCGAAGAGGCUGCAUUCGAGUGUAAUGACUGCAAAACCCUUCAGUGUGUCAGGUGUGAGGUGGAGCUCCACCAUCAGGAGCACCUGAGGAACCAUGAUCGGGUCCCAGUUGGUCCUGGGCAUGUUCCCUACUGUGACAACUGCAAAGGUGGGAGUGGGGAUAGCAGCAAGCGCCACAGGUCUGUGGUUCGCUGCCAGAAUUGUAAGGUGAAUCUGUGUCUCGACUGUCAGAAACGUACCCACAGUGGGAGUAGCAAGAAAAAACACCAGCUCAUAUCUUAUCUUCCACCACCCAAACCCGCUGAAGUGAAUUCUACCAAGAUGGCUGUCCAGAACGCAGAUGCGCCUGAGUCAUCUGAGAGAGCUAGGCUCCUGGAGAAGGUGUCGAGCUUUCUCCUUGUUGAUGAGAAUGAAGAAAUGCAGAUAAAAGAUGAAGCCUUGUUCAUGAGGUCCCUUGGCUGCAGCCCCAGCCAGCUGCUGAAGGUGGUGUCCAUCUUUGGUAACACAGGGGAGGGCAAAUCCCACACCCUGAACCACACCUUCUUCAUGGGCAGAGAAGUCUUUAAAACCUCCCCCACACAGGAGUCCUGCACAGUGGGUGUAUGGGCAGCAUUUGACCCCUUACAUAGGAUUGUGGUCAUCGAUACAGAGGGGCUGCUUGGCAACAGUUCCAAACAGGGUCAGAGAACUCGGCUGUUACUCAAGGUGCUUGCCGUCUCGGACCUCAUCAUUUACCGCACUCACGCUGACCGCCUCCAUGAUGACCUUUUCAAGUUUCUUGGUGAUGCCUCUGAUGCUUAUCUAAAGCAUUUCACCAAGGAGCUAAAAGCCACGACGGCCCGAUGUGGUCUGGAUGUCCCUCUGUCCACGCUUGGUCCUGCAGUGGUCAUCUUCCAUGAAACUGUCCACACCAAGCUCCUGGGUUCAGAUAAAUCUACGGAGUCUCUGGAUCGGUUGCUGUUGGAGCGCUUUAGGAAGCUUUCUCGCUUUCCGGAAGCCUUCAGCUCCAUCCAGUAUUGGGGCACACAGACUCUCAAUCCCCCUACCGAUUUCCGGGGCUUGCAGAAUAAACUGGAGCAGCUCCUGGAUAACAAUGCCACCCGCUCCCCUCGUUCCCCAGGCGUCAUCUUCAAAGCCCUGCAGGCAUUGAGUGAGCGCUUUAAUGGAGAAAUAGCAGGUGAGAAUGCAGCACACAGCUGCUUCUUUCCUGAUGAGUACUUCACCUGUUCCAGCUUUUGCCUCAGUUGUGGAUCUGGCUGCAAGCAUAGUAUGAACCACUUACAUGAAGGGUCGUACCAUGAGGCGAAGCAACGCUGCCGUUACUCUGCUCAGUAUGAUAAUCGCAUUUACACGUGCAAGGCUUGUUAUGAAGGAGGGAAGGAAGUGAUAGUUGUUCCAAAGACGUCUGCUUCCUCAGACUCCCAAUGGAUGGGCCUUGCCAGAUACGCCUGGUCUGGGUACGUUAUUGAAUGUCCAAACUGUGGAGUGAUCUACCGGAGCCGCCAGUACUGGUAUGGCAACCUGGACCCUGUGGAUACAGUCGUCCGCACUGAGAUCCAGCAUGUUUGGCCUGGGUCUGAUGGCUUUUUAAAGGACAACAGCAAUGCUGCACAGCGACUUCUCGAUGGCGUCAAUCUAGUCGCCCAGUCGGUAUCAGAGCUCAGUGUGAAACCUGCAAAGGCCGUCACCUCUUGGCUGACAGAUCAGAUCGCCCCGGCCUACUGGAAACCCAACUCCCUCAUCAUGAUGUGCCGCAAGUGUAACACAGUCUUCCAGGAUAACGACACCAAGCAUCACUGCCGUGCCUGUGGGGAAGGCUUCUGUGACAGCUGCUCUUCCAAAGCUGCACCCGUCCCCGAGAGAGGCUGGGGUCUUGCCCCUGUCAGGGUCUGUGACGUCUGCUUUGAGCAGAGAGCUUCAUAUGCAGAAAUACUUGCGUCAGAGCUUGAGGAGGAAGAAGGUGGAACUUUGGCCAGAAAGGUCGGAGAGGCUGUGACCAACACCAUAGGAGUCGUGGCGACUGCUAUUGACAUCCCGCUUGGCCUAGUUAAAGACGCAGCCCGUCCUGCCUAUUGGGUGCCUGACCAGGACAUCCUGUCGUGCCACAACUGCCAACGUGAGUUCAAUGCCAAGCUGUCCAAGCACCACUGCCGUGCCUGCGGCCAAGGAGUGUGUGACGAAUGCUCGCCACUGCGUCGACCGGUCCCUUCCCGGGGCUGGGACCACCCUGUACGUGUGUGCACCGGCUGCAACCAGAAGCUCGGGGAACUUUGAUAUGGUUGCUUUUCCUUCUUCUGAGCACCGGAUAACUGUUCACUGAGAUGGCAGUCUGUCACUGCUCUGGUGCAUACCUGCUACUCUAAUGGUUGGUCUUGCAUACUUGGAAAGGAAAACGUAGGGAGUACCUCAGUACUUUAGCAAAUUUGGAUUCAUAGUUCCUGUGGUCUUUCUAGAACACACAGGACAUGGGGUUACUUGACUGAAUGUGAAACCUGAAUUUUAGCUUCAUAUUUUGAUCAUUAUGAACACAAAUCCAGAACUUUUCCGUUAGACAAAGCCGUACAGGUAUUUUUCUAUAAUUAGAAAAAAAAAAAUGCAUCAUUUAAAAGACUGAUUGUAAAAGAUAAUGUUUGGUUGCUGUGGUUAUGACUACAGCACUACUUAUCUCAAUUGCUUGCUGCUGAUGUUGAGUGUGUAAUGAAAGUGUGAUAUCUUGUAUUUGUGCAGGCAUAACUGCAGGUUCUGUUGCAUGCAUGGAUUACAGGAUUUUAGUUUUUGCACUAAGCCUUUUUUCAGCUGUUAUGGGCUGUUACUUAACAGCCAAAGUUAGGUAUCUAGCAGAGGAAGUACGCUGUUCGGACCUGACCUGAAGUCUGCAACUGUAGGUUCAGAUUUUGGGUUUCUGGUGUGCCAAAAAUGUAUUCAGGUCAUUGUGUCUGUGCAAAUGUAAUGUUGAUACUCUUAUCAUGCGAUUCGUGGUUGUAUGAAGUCUCAGAGGUGUGUGAAUCUGACUUGUUGACAAAUAUUUAAGUGUUUAUUAUAUUAAAAAAAAAACAAUGCUUGUAAGCAAAUUGUCUGGCAUUACAGUCUGAGAGAUCAAUGGCCUUUUUACUUGUUCAGGCUGUAGGAUCUCAAUAAACCUCAUUUUCUCUCUUUGCAGGUGGCAUUUUAGAGUUUAGAUAUUAUCAAAUAUUUGCAUUUUGCAUUCAGAUUUUAUUUUUAUGUUUAUUUCAAUAUAUUUACUACCUGCUCAGACAUAUGGAUAAUGGUAUGACAGAGGUGAACAACAUCCGGAUUUCUCUGGAUUUUGCAUUGUUCGGUCACUGAAAUAAACAAUGGUACACUGCCUUGAAAAAGUA